AUGCCCAGAAUCGAUGAGAGCAAUGUCACAGCCGCCGCCGCCACUCCUCCAAUACGCAGCAUCAGACACAUCUCCAUGUCGCCGGAGUCCCGCUCUCCGUCCAUUUGCACGCCUCGCGAGGCAGCACCGGCUGUCAGGAGGGUCCUCGAGUCAACAGCAUUUCUGCAGCGCAUUUUGGCCACGGUGCCUGUCCGCACAUUGCUCAUCUCACAGCGCGUCAACAAGAGUUUCAGAGACGCCAUCGGCCACUCGCCGGUCCUGCAGCAGCGGCUGUGGUUCGCAGAGGUCACAGAUCUCAGCGUCUCCGCGUCGUAUGGGUUCAAUCCAUUGCUGCGUAUGCAAGGGGGCAAAGAAUGGUGGGCGGCACAUCGUGGUCCUGCAGGCGAGUCGUUUCGACCAUUUGAGAACGUGUGGCAAUCGAAGAAGACUGCGCCAUACAGUUAUACCGCUACUCUUCACGCGCCGGUACUGUGCAGGGAGCACGGGCAGUCAUGGCAGGGUAUGAUCAUCGCCCAUACGGUGGAAUCCGAGUACACCCUCGAUCUCAUCACCAACUGGGGGUAUAUGGCAGGCUUCCAAGGCACCAACGAUACCAAGAUGCAUCACCUUGUGCAAUGGGUCAGAAACCACAAGUACUACAAAGAGGCGAGAACGCAUGACAAUGUGACUUUGAAGCCGACGGGAUUGCGGACCAGAGCGAGGAACCGAGUGCGCAAGGGACGAUCGCAGCUGCUCCUAGCGUGGGUAUACAUCUUUGGGCGCCGGGAAGAGACGCGCAUUUGA